ACAAACACUUCAACAUGAACUCCUUCGCUGUUCUCUUGCUCUGCGUCCAAGCUUGCUUGGUACAGUCCGUGUUCGGGCAGUGCUGUGGCUACGGCGGUAUCGGGUACGCGCCCGCUUUCGCCGCGCCCUUCGCCGCCCCCGCUCUCGCCGCGCCGGCCGCGUACGGCGCAGCCUACGGCGGCGAGGGUAUCGGCGACGUGGCGGUCGGCGGCCAGCUGCCGGUCGCCGGCACCACGCUAGUCUGUGGACAAGUGCCGAUCCUGGGCGCCGUGGAGUUCGGAGGCAUCGUGCCGGCCGGCGGCGAGGUGUCCAUUGCCGGCAAGUGCGCCUGCGGCUGCAGAGGAUACUGAAAAACCUUUGAUAAAUUUACCCGUCUGAGUUAAAUGAGCGAAU